AUGACGGAGGAGCUGAAACUCGCGGUGGAAGCUGGGAAGGAUGAGAAUAAUGGAUGGAUAAGCAAGGAGAAGCUUCGUGAGAGGAUUGAGAUGGUGAUGGAUGGAGAGAGUGAAGUCGGAAAGCAGGUGAGGACGUACCAUUUGACGUCGAGGGAAGGUUUGGUUCAUGGGGACUUGAUUGAUCACUCUGUGGAGCGGUUUGCCAACAAGCUGAUUCGGGAUCUCCAAGGAGAAUCUCCCUCGACUAAGGAUAAUCCAAUUGUUUUUGGGUAUUGA